ACCCGGAUGUGUGUGGUGGUGGCGGCCGAAGAGCUUGUGUGCGGAGCUGAGAGGCCUAUGGAUGAGGAGGACGCGGCGGCCCCGCAGGUUUGUUCUCAUGAACAAGAUGGAUGACCUCAACCUGCACUACCGGUUUCUGAAUUGGCGUCGGCGGAUCCGGGAGAUUCGAGAGGUUCGGGCUUUCCGAUAUCAGGAGAGGUUUAAACAUAUUCUUGUAGAUGGAGACACUUUGAGUUACCAUGGCAACUCUGGUGAAGUUGGCUGCUACGUGGCUUCUCGACCCCUGACCAAGGACAGCAAUUAUUUCGAGGUGUCUAUUGUGGACAGUGGUGUCCGGGGCACCAUUGCUGUGGGGCUGGUUCCUCAGUAUUAUAGCUUGGACCACCAGCCUGGCUGGCUGCCUGACUCUGUAGCCUACCAUGCUGAUGAUGGCAAGCUGUACAAUGGUCGAGCCAAGGGCCGCCAGUUUGGGUCAAAGUGCAACUCUGGGGAUCGGAUUGGCUGUGGCAUUGAGCCUGUGUCCUUUGAUGUGCAGACUGCCCAGAUCUUCUUCACCAAAAAUGGCAAGCGGGUGGGCUCCACCAUCAUGCCCAUGUCACCAGAUGGACUGUUCCCAGCAGUCGGCAUGCACUCCCUGGGUGAGGAGGUGCGAUUGCACCUCAAUGCUGAGCUGGGCCGUGAGGAUGACAGCAUUAUGAUGGUGGAUAGUUAUGAGGAUGAAUGGGGCCGGCUGCAUGAUGUCAGAGUCUGCGGGACUCUGCUGGAGUACUUGGGGAAGGGCAAGAGCAUUGUGGAUGUAGGACUGGCCCAGGCCCGGCACCCGCUGAGUACCCGAAGCCACUACUUCGAGGUGGAGAUUGUGGACCCUGGAGAGAAAUGCUACAUUGCCUUGGGGCUGGCCCGGAAGGAUUAUCCCAAGAAUAGGCACCCUGGCUGGAGCAGAGGGUCUGUGGCUUAUCAUGCAGAUGAUGGGAAGAUCUUCCAUGGCAGUGGUGUGGGGGACCCCUUUGGACCACGCUGUUACAAAGGGGACAUUAUGGGCUGUGGAAUCAUGUUUCCCCGGGACUAUAUUCUGGACAGUGAGGGUGAGUGGUAUGGGGAAGAGCCAGGCUGCUCAGGGCAGAGUGGAGGUUCCAUAAGGACUCAGGUUUCUGGUCUCCUAGGGGACAGUGAUGACAGUUGUGACACAGUGAUCCUGUCCCCGACUGCGCGGGCUGUUCGGAACGUUCGGAAUGUCAUGUACCUGCACCAGGAAGGGGAAGAAGAAGAGGAGGAAGAGGAAGAGGAAGAAGAUGGGGAAGAGAUAGAACAGGAGCAUGAGGGCAAGAAGGUGGUGGUUUUCUUCACCCGGAAUGGCAAGAUCAUCGGGAAGAAGGAUGCUGUUGUACCUUCUGGAGGUUUUUUCCCCACCAUUGGAAUGCUGAGCUGUGGGGAGAAAGUCAAAGUUGACCUGCAUCCCUUGAGUGGCUAGGGGCUUUCCAGACCUGCGCCAUCUCCCUCUGCGCAUCCUUUGCAGGGCCAGGGGUUCCUGACUUCCACAGGAUUGCUUACCCAGCAGGCCCUGGGGUACAGUCACUUUCCCCUUACCAAUCCAGGCCAUCAGACUUCACCUUUCUGACCUGGUGUCACCUUUAUCAUCAGUUGCUGGGCUUGAGUCCCUGGUUGGACAGGAAGAAGCCCAUAGAAUGGUGUUGCUGUAUCAGUGGGUCCCACUUACUAUGGUCAGUGUGUACCUACAGCCCCAUUCUCUCACUGGUCCCAUGAGUGGAAUGAAUCCCUGGCUCAACUGCUAUCGGGGCAUGACCCUUGCAGAGGGUGGAGUAGAGACAGCCCAUCUCCUACUUACCGUGGUAUUUCCCCUUGAAUUCUUUUUUUGUUCCCUGUCCUCACCGUGAACAGUGAAUCAGUUGCUGCUGUCCUCCCCCUGGCUGGCUAGGGGGCCUCUCUUGGGCCACCUCUCCCUUCACUGGCUGCUGCCCCAUAGAUUCUUCUUGGGUCUCCAUUCUUUCCCUUGAGAGAUACCCACUUCCAACCUGCUCAGGCACCAUCAUCCUGCAGAGAAUCCGAGUCUCUGGCUCCCGCACCUGUGCACACGCAGAUGGUACAGUGUUCGAGGAGGGGCUGUGAGAUGAUGUGGGACCAGGCUUGCUCCUGCCUCACUGUCCAUCUUCUCUUCACCUGCACCACUGUCCCUAGCUCCUGGACUGAGGCUCCGGGGCACAUCUCGUGCUGUGGCAAGUGAGCCUGGAGAGGCAGCUUGGCACCUCACUCCCCUUUGCCUGCCCCCUCCCUGCCUGCCCCAGCUUGCUGCUUGUGCCAGUUGCCUGUUUUGCUUCAGUGUUUGAUUCUAGCACUUACAUAGACCCUCCUCUUCCCAAGCCCUAGGAUCUCCCUCUACCCCCUUGACCCUGAGCCCUUCCCCUAAACUGACUUCUGCUGGGAGGAAGAAGGAGCAGGAGCUGUUGGCCUUGGUUUGCACAAUGGGUAGGGCUGUGGGGAAGUGGGCGUGCUGUUGUGCUGCUGGGCCCCUUGGCCCUCUGUCAGGCCCUGCACUAUGAUGUAUGAAAUGUAUGUACAGAUUAGAGAUGUUUAUACAGCCAAUAAAGAUGGAGUUUCUGUAUUUAUCAGUA